AUGGAAGCUUUCAAUGAUACCGACAACGUUUGGCCGGACGACGUACAACCGCCAUCGCCAUCACCGUCGCCGUCGCCGUCGCUGUCAUCAGCUCCUCCGUCCUCUGCGACUAGUACGGAGUCAAUUCCUUGGGAGGAUCUGCAGGCCUUUGAAGACGAGGCACUUGCUUUAAACACCGCGGUACUGCGACAGACUUUGUAUGGCCAUCUUUAUGCCCACCUGCCCAACGAGCAAAUCGACUGGGACUUGGAGGGGGAAAAUGUUUGCCGAGUUAUCGGAGCCCGAUGCUAUGGCAUUAUAUUGGCCCUUCGAGGGCUCUUGAUAGUCCAUCUGGGGAACCAUUACCACCUGGACCGUAACGCAAGCCUGGCUCUGAGAGAUUCUACCUCGUCGCCUGCAUUUCAAGGGAAUUCUGACAUCGUUGCAGCAGCUCCCAUGCUUUCGAACGAGUCACCAGACAUUCAGAACCAGGCAUCAGGCAACACGGGAGACAUGGCCCUAGAAACCCCAGAGAGCUAG